AUACUGACCCUCGCUCUCGACAAGCUGCGAGACACGACUGUCAAUUUGCAAGAAUACGCCACCGAAGAGCGAUAUCGGUUCAUUGACUGCACUGCCUUCAUCGACCAAGGCGUUCUACGUAUACUCGAGACGACUGUGUUACCCGCAGAUCCCAACUUCUAUACCACUGUGUCAUACGUCUGGUUUGGCCUUCUGUCGCCAGCCGAAGAGCUGUCAAAGAGCGGUAGCUUCCGUGUCUACUGUGGAAAGCGGAGCGACGGUAGUCUACGGGAGGAUGGCGGUCCGAUCAGUAUAAAGGUGCUGGAGUACGCCUGCCGAUGGUCCUCUCGGUACAGCGCACCGUACCUGUGGCUCGAUCGCUUGUGCAUACUUCAAACGAGUCGCCGCGACAAGUCCUGGCAAAUC